AUGAAGAGGAGAGGGAGGAAGAGGAGGGAGGAAGAGGAGAGGAUGAAGAGGAUGGAGGGAGGAAGAGGAGAGGAUGAAGAGGAGAGGGAGGAAGAGGAGAGGGAUGAGAGGAGAGGGAGGGAGAGGGAGGGAGGAAGAGGAGAGGGAGAGAGGAGAGGGAGGAAGAGGAGAGGAGGAAGAGGAGAGGGAGGAAGAGGAGAGGGUGAAGAGGAGAGGGAGGAAGAGGAGAGGGAGGAAGAGGAGAGGGAUGAAGAGGAGAGGGAGGAAGAGGAGAGGGAGGAAGAGGAGAGGAUGAAGAGGGAGAGGGAGGAAGAGGAGAGGGAGGAAGAGGAGAGGGAGAGGAGGAAGAGGAGAGGAGGAAGAGGGAGGAGGAAGAGGAGAGGAUGA